AUUAUUUCUGUCUGAGUGUUGUGUAAUCUUUUUGCCUUAUCGAGGGUUGUUUGAAAAAAUUUAAUAAUGGUUGUUGGUUCGUGGGAUUAUUUUCGAUAUAAAUUUUUGUACAUUGGAAUUUUUGACUAAAAAAUUUAAAAAACAAAUAUGAAUUUAAAUUUGCGGUAACAUUUUUUUUUUCAAAAUUUUAAUACGAAAAUAAAUAAUGUCACAACCGGGUAAACGCGGUGGUCGUGCCGGAGGUGCCGCAAAAAAAGUUGCGGCUAGUCUCAUUAAGGAUACCGCUUCAACACCCGAUGAUUCGGGGCCCAGUGAACGGGCCACACCAGCUAGUAAAACAGAUAGUGAACUUAAAGAUGAUACUUCAAGUAAUGGAGAUAAAAAAGAGGAUACACCGCAGCCGAAGCCUCCGAGUGCGGGAGCUUCAAUACGGGAAUCUGCAAAUAAAUUAUUGGCACUUUCGAUGAAAAGUGAGUGGACUCCAGUUGAACAGGAAUUGAAAAAAUUGGAGAAAUAUGUUGCCAAUGCUGGUGAAGAUGGUAAUCAUAUACCAUUGGCUGGAGUUCAUGAUCCGACUACCGGAAUGACACCUCUGAUGUUCGCAGUAAAGGAUAAUAAGACUUCAAUCAUCGAUCGGAUGGUAGAAUUAGGAGCUGAUGUUGGAGCUCGCAAUAAUGAUAACUACAAUGUACUUCACAUCGCAUCCAUGUACUCACGUGAAGAUGUCGUUAAGCUACUCCUAACAAAAAGAGGUGUUGACCCCUUUGCUACUGGUGGGUCAAGAUCCCAAACCCCCGUCCAUUUGGUAGCAAGUCGACAGACAGGUACGGCAACAAGUAUUCUACGUUCCUUAUUGGCGGCAGCAGGAAAGGAUAUCCGCUUAAAAGCAGACGGAAGAGGAAAAGUUCCAUUGCUACUCGCCGUGGAAGCUGGCAAUCAGUCAAUGUGCAGGGAGCUUCUAUCUGCACAAACGGCGGAACAACUUAAGGCAACAACGCUGAAUGGAGAUUCAGCUUUGCAUUUGGCCGCUAGACGGCGAGACGUCGAUAUGGUACGAAUUUUAGUUGAUUACGGUACAAAUGUUGACACACAAAAUGGCGAGGGUCAGACGCCUCUUCAUAUUGCAGCGGCCGAAGGAGAUGAAGCUUUACUUAAGUACUUUUAUGGAGUUAGGGCAUCCGCAGCCAUUGCUGAUAACCAAGAUCGAACGCCAAUGCACUUGGCUGCCGAAAAUGGUCAUGCGCACAUCAUCGAAAUUCUUGCGGAUAAAUUCAAAGCGAGCAUCUUUGAACGAACAAAAGAUGGCAGCACCUUGAUGCAUAUUGCAUCACUCAACGGUCACGCCGAAUGUGCAACAAUGCUCUUUAAAAAGGGCGUUUAUCUGCAUAUGCCAAAUAAAAACGGUGCUCGAAGUAUACACACGGCCGCCAGAUAUGGUCACACAGGUAUAAUAAAUACGCUCCUGCAAAAGGGCGAGAAAGUCGAUGUUACAACGAAUGAAAACUAUACAGCCCUUCAUAUAGCAGUUGAGUCAGCUAAGCCAGCAGUUGUUGAAACUUUGCUUGGCUUCGGAGCAGAUGUCCACGUCCGUGGAGGCAAAUUACGCGAAACACCCCUCCAUAUUGCGGCACGCGUUAAGGACGGUGAUCGUUGUGCCUUGAUGCUCCUCAAGUCCGGGGCUAGUCCCAAUUUAACUACCGAUGAUUGUCUGACGCCUGUUCAUGUAGCAGCGCGACACGGGAAUCUGGCAACGCUGAUGCAACUCCUCGAAGAUGGUGGCGAUCCAUUGUAUAAGUCCAACACCGGUGAAACACCAUUGCACAUGGCCUGUCGAAGCUGCCACCCGGAAAUCGUCCGGCAUCUCAUCGAAACCGUCAAAGAAAAACACGGCCCCGACAAAGCCACAACCUAUAUUAACUCACAAAACGAAGAUGGGGCAACAGCGCUGCACUUUACAUGCCAAAUUACCACAGAAGAAGUCAAAAUACCCGAAUCCGAUAAAGAAAUCGUUCGCAUGCUUCUCGAAAACGGUGCCGAUGUAAAUAUCCAAACUAAAAACACCCUCGAAACCGCCUUCCAUUAUUGUGCCGUUGCUGGCAACAAUGAUGUCCUAAUGGAAAUGGUUGCACGCAUGAAUCAAACCGACAUCCAGAAAGCCAUGAAUCGACAAUCUUCUGUCGGAUGGACCCCACUCCUGAUAGCUUGCAACCGGGGGCACAUGGAACUAGUCAAUAAUCUUUUAGCGAAUCAUGCCAGAGUCGAUGUUUUCGAUACAGAAGGUCGAUCGGCCCUACAUUUGGCCGCUGAACGAGGCUUCCUUCACGUUUGUGAUGCUCUACUAACCAACAAAGCCUUUAUAAAUUCCAAGUCACGAGUUGGUCGAACAGCUUUACAUUUAGCUGCCAUGAAUGGCUAUACACAUUUGGUGAAGUUCCUCAUCAAGGAUCACAAUGCCGUCAUUGAUAUUUUAACGCUGCGCAAACAGACGCCUCUCCAUUUGGCUGCAGCCAGCGGCCAAAUGGAGGUAUGUCAGCUCCUGCUCGAACUUGGAGCUAACAUAGAUGCGACAGACGAUUUGGGCCAGAAACCCAUUCAUGUGGCGGCACAAAACAACUACUCUGAAGUGGCCAAACUAUUUCUGCAGCAACAUCCGAGUCUGGUGAAUGCUACUAGCAAAGAUGGCAACACCUGCGCACACAUUGCUGCAAUGCAGGGCUCGGUGAAAGUAAUUGAGGAGUUGAUGAAAUUCGAUAGAUCUGGCGUGAUAUCGGCUAGAAACAAAUUGACUGAUGCCACUCCCCUGCAGUUGGCAGCUGAGGGCGGUCAUGCGGACGUUGUGAAGGCAUUAGUGCGGGCUGGGGCCUCAUGCACCGAUGAGAAUAAGGCAGGAUUCACAGCUGUGCAUUUGGCAGCUCAAAAUGGGCAUGGUCAGGUGUUGGACGCCCUAAAGGGAACGAACUCUUUGAGGAUUACCAGCAAGAAAUUGGGACUGACACCGUUGCAUGUGGCGGCAUAUUACGGACAAGCGGACACUGUUCGUGAGCUGUUGAUCAGUGUUCCGGCGACGGUGAAAUCCGAGCCGCCGACGGGCCAAAGUUUGUUCGGCGAUUUGGGUGCAGAGUCCGGAAUGACGCCGCUGCAUUUGGCGUCAUUCUCAGGGAACGAAAAUGUUGUGCGCUUACUGUUGAAUUCGGCUGGAGUGCAAGUUGAUGCGGCGACCACAGAAAAUGGCUAUAAUCCACUCCAUUUAGCAUGCUUCGGCGGUCACAUGUCAGUGGUAGGUUUGUUACUGAGUCGCUCGGCAGAACUCCUCCAAUCGGUCGACCGACACGGAAAAACUGGCCUCCAUAUUGCCGCAAUGCAUGGUCACAUCCAGAUGGUGGAGAUUCUGCUGGGUCAGGGCGCUGAAAUAAAUGCAACCGAUCGCAAUGGUUGGACACCACUGCAUUGUGCUGCCAAAGCCGGGUAUUUGGAAGUCGUCAAAUUGCUGUGCGAAGCUGGCGCAUCGCCCAAAUCGGAGACAAACUACGGAUGCGCGGCGAUUUGGUUUGCUGCUUCCGAAGGUCAUAAUGAUGUGCUGAGGUAUUUGAUGAAUAAGGAACACGAUACUUAUGGACUGAUGGAGGAUAAACGAUUUGUUUAUAAUUUAAUGGUCGUUUCGAAGAAUCACAAUAGUAAACCGAUUCAGGAAUUUGUGCUGGUAUCGCCAGCGCCAGUUGAUACAGCUGCCAAAUUAUCAAAUAUAUAUAUAAAUUUGUCAACAAAGGAAAAAGAAAGAGCGAAAGAUUUAGUUGCAGCUGGAAAACAGUGUGAAGCUAUGGCAACAGAGUUGUUAGCUUUGGCAGCUGGUUCCGAUUCGGCGGGAAAGAUUCUCCAAGCUACCGACAAGAGAAACGUGGAAUUCCUUGAUGUUCUGAUAGAAAAUGAACAAAAAGAAGUGAUAGCUCAUACCGUUGUCCAAAGGUACCUUCAGGAACUCUGGAGAGGAAGUCUCACGUGGGCGUCGUGGAAACUUCUUCUGCUGCUAGUUGCCUUUAUAGUGUGCCCGCCCGUGUGGAUUGGGUUCACCUUUCCCAUGGGCCACAAGUUCAACAAAGUUCCCAUCAUCAAAUUCAUGUCUUACCUCACCUCUCACAUCUAUCUCAUGCUGCAUCUCUCGAUCGUUGGCAUAACACCGUUGUAUCCGGUGCUGCGAUUGAGCUUGGUCCCCUACUGGUACGAAAUCGGACUCCUCAUUUGGUUGAGUGGUCUUCUUUUGUUCGAGUUGACGAAUCCUUCAGACAAAUCUGGAUUGGGAUCGAUAAAGCUGCUUGUUUUGCUGCUUGGCAUGGCUGGAGUGGGAGUGCACGUUACGGCCUUUAUUUUCAUCUCGAAGGAGUACUGGCCGACUUUGGUUUACUGUCGGAAUCAGUGUUUUGCGUUGGCAUUUCUGCUGGCGUGUGUUCAGAUUCUUGACUUUUUAUCGUUCCAUCAUCUUUUCGGGCCUUGGGCCAUUAUUAUUGGUGAUCUUCUCAAGGAUUUAGCGAGAUUUUUAGCCGUUUUGGCCAUUUUCGUGUUUGGCUUUUCAAUGCAUAUCGUCGCAUUAAAUCAGUCUUUUGCGAAUUGGACGAAGGAAGAUAUACGAAAUUUCGAGAAGAAGAAUCGCAAUAAUCCUUAUUUUAAUGACGUUUCGCUUCCGACCCGUUCACCCGAUAGCCGGUACGAUAGUCGAAGUCUAAAUAGUGAUUUUAGGCGAAAGCACAAGGAUGACCUCCGAAUGCAUCCGAUAAAUGCAUUUGAAUUGCUGUUCUUCGCCGUAUUCGGUCAAACAACAACCGAACAGACGCAAGUUGAUAAAAUUAAAAACCUUGCAACUGCCACCCAACCGUAUUGGGUUGAAUAUCUGUUUAAGAUUGUGUUCGGCGUUUACAUGUUGGUGUCAGUGGUUGUGUUGAUUAACCUACUGAUUGCUAUGAUGUCUGACACUUAUCAAAGGAUUCAGGCUCAAUCUGAUAUCGAAUGGAAAUUCGGUCUAUCGAAGCUUAUUCGCAACAUGCAUCGCACCACAACAGCUCCAUCCCCGCUUAACCUAGUUACCACCUGGUUCAUGUGGAUCGUCGAGAAGGUCAAGGCACGCAUGAAGAAGAAGAAGCGUCCAAGUCUGGUUCAGAUGAUGGGAAUACGACAGGCUAGUCCACGGACAAAGGCUGGCGCCAAAUGGCUGUCGAAGAUCAAGAAAGAUUCGGUGGCGUUAUCGGUUGUUCAUCUGUCGCCUUUGGGGUCGCAAGCUAGUUUCUCAGCUGCUAAUCAGAAUAGAAUUGAAAAUGUAGCCGAUUGGGAAGCUAUCGCUAAGAAAUAUCGCUCCUUAGUUGGCGAUGAAGAUGGGGGUUCCUUAAAGGAUUCAGAUGCUGAAAGUUCGUCAGUGAAUGAGACUGGUGGUGGGCCACCUGCACCAGCACAGGUGGGCAAUAAUAUUCAAGCGCAUGCAAUCGGAGGCCAGCAACAUGUUUAAAAAUAUUUAAUGCAUGUUGUAUUUUUUUCAGGUCUAAUUUUA